AUGUCUCGAGUCCAACAAUACUGGCUUCCAGGAUACGGCCUGUCCCGACACAUCGUCCUCGGACACAUCCACUACUUCUUGGGCCCAUCCGCAUCAGUGAGGCCAUAUAGUUACCAGGGGCGCGAAGGUUAUCUCAUCACGGGCAUGCCUCUUACUCGGGAGCAAAUCGACGACCUUGCAGCUAUGUCCCGGGAUUAUGAGAGACAGGAAGCACUCCGAAUGACCAAUCAAAGUCCUAGCGCUGGUGCUACUAGCAAUACUGGUGAUGGCUCAUCGCGACAGCCACCGGAGCCGUAUAUCAACGAGAUUAUACCCGUGGAUCCUAAUCGAGCAAGAAGGAGGCCUGUGGAACAGAAUCCUCGGAGCGCCCGUUGA